AUGGAAAAACAAGAACAAACAAAAAACCAACAACAUACAAACCAACAACAGCAACAUGAACAGCGUACCAACGAAGAUGGGGACGACGUAACGCUGUCAGAGGAGGAGCAGCUCCUCAAAUCCCCAAAGACAGGUAAGAUGGUUGCAAGUACUCCUGGUGGCGCCAGCCAUAGUACCCCAGUUGUACAAGCGCCAGAAACCAGCAGGGUGGAAGAUGCCAGACAAAGUAUCACCACUCUGCAAAUAGUCAAAAAUAGCACCGGUAGUGCCUGCCGUAGUACUCCGGACGAGCAACCAACAACCAGCAAAUCGGCGGCCGUUGCAGGCAGCAAUCCCGCCUCUAAGAAAAGGAAACCCUCGGGCGUGGUCAUGAGACAGAUGUACCAGAAGGCGCUGUAUAUGUUAAAUAAAAUUGACAAAAAUGCAGCGGCCGGUACGGUACAUGAGCGUGACGAGGAAGACAAGGCAAAAUACAUGCAAAUAGUGGAAGAGUACGAAAAGUUACAGACAGAUCGUGCAGCCACAAUCGAUGCCACCGAAGCAAAGAAACGGAACCGCUCUCAUAAUGAAGGCGGCCAAGGGGCCAUUGCAAAGAAGGCUAAGCAAGGAGGUGAUGCGGAGUCCGCAGCACCCGCGAAGCAUCGCUAUUUUAGUGACGUCGCCAGAGAUCACCUACAGGCGGCGAUAAUAGAUGAAAAUAGCAAGACACCGCUGGCAGUGCAGCAAAAAUGGGUGGAGAUUGAUGUGAGGCUGUCGAGCCUAGUAAUGAACUACGUACUCGACAACCCCGAAGGUCCUCAUCCAGAGUUCGACUCGUCGGAAUCCCUACGGGGAUACCGGGUAGUCAAGUGCGCGAACCAGUUCUCCCUGGAUUUCCUUGCUGGAUGCGUCGCUAAGAUCAGCGACACUUUUGUCGGCUUGAAGCACAAGCUGAUCCCAGCUAAGGACAUUCCAAGGAGACCACGUGCGCGCAUUUGGCUGCCUCCGAUGGAUGAACCAGGCGAAAAGUUGCUGCGGUGUCUUAAGCUACAUAAUAAAGACAUACCGGCGAUCGAGGAAUGGGAGCUUAUAAAGGUUGAAGAGCCAAGAAGGCCUACAAAUAAGCCCAUUCUGCUAGCUAUUUGCGCAGAAUCACUAGACGCCUUAGAGAAGGCUGACUAUCGGCUCUGCUUCGGUAUCCGUAAGGCUAGAGUGCGGGUAUUCCUCGGAGAGGUUAGCCCGGUAGAAGAAGAUCCCGGGGUUGAUGGAGCUGGUGAGCUUCUCAUGGGUGUGAAGCUGAUAGAUGACCCUGAACCGGAAACUUAA